AUGUCAAAACCACCCUUCUGGGCAUUUCCCCUUGUCUCGGCAUCCACGUGGCUAGUGACGCUCGUCGGACUACUGGGUCAUUGGUUCCUCGUCGGCCAACCGAGAUAUGGCCGAAUGGAGUUUGACCAAGCCGUUCCAUUCAUUUCUGAUUUAGCAGCACAAAAAUUAUGGCCGUUUUUCUUGAUCGGCUGUUUCAUCACAACAUUGUUCUUUAAUAUCUCCUUCUACCAAUUCGUUCGGAGGAAGGAACACCACAGCAAUAUCUGCAUCUAUUUCUCGUUCGUGAUCACUAUCAUUGGAGGUCUCUCAUUACUCAUGAUCGCUGUCUUCGACAAUAUCGAUUUCAAACAUCUGCAUGAUGUUUUUGUCACUGUAUUCAUAGUUGGGUAUUUGAUCGGAGCAGCUGCAAUCUGCAUAGAUUAUUUUUACUUGAUGACCCUGUAUGGGGCCGAACGGCGCAUACUGUUCGCCAGCUUCUUCAUCAAACUUUCCUUCAUUAUCAUUGAACUCGCCUUCAUUUUACCAUUUCGCAUCAUGGCGGGGAUGCACCAUGCAGAAAAGAACGCAGCUGCAGUUCUCGAAUGGGCCACUGCUUUUAUAUUUACGGGAUACAUUCUAUCAUUCGCUGUUGACUUGAUGGAUGAUGAGGAUGAUUAUUACCAUUCCUCACACAAGUAUCAUCAACUCGAGAUGGGCACGGCAUUCUAG